UUCCAGAUAAGUAAGGACAUAAAUCUCUCUUAGAAAGGUGUGUUCUGUGUCCAGUUGGGCAGAAGUCACUUCAGUUUGAUACUUCUUACAGCAAACAAACAUGGCAUUUAAUGGUACUUGGAAAGUAGAAAGAAAUGAAAACUAUGAGAAAUUCAUGGAGGUGAUGGGUAUCAAUUUAGUGAAGAGAAAGCUGGGAGCCCAUGACAACCUGAAGCUCACUAUUCAGCAAGAUGGAAAGCAGUUCACUAUAAAAGAAUCAAGCAAUUUCCGCACCAUAGAAAUAGUGUUCACACUGGGAGUAGACUUUGACUACAGUUUAGCUGAUGGAACAGAGCUCCAUGGUAACUGGAACAUAGAAGGUGAUAAGCUUGUAGGCACUUUCAAAAGGAAAGAUAAUGGAAAUGAACUUAAGGCUCUCAGAGAAAUCAUAGGAGAUGAACUGGUUCAGACUUACACCUAUGAAGGUGUCUCAGCUAAGAGAAUCUUCAAGAAAGCUUGAACAGGAUUGCCACAUCAUAGACAACUUACUGUAUAUACGACAACUGGGCUUCUUACAACAAGCACAUAGCAACUGUUAAAAUACAAAUAAGAUCUAUUUAUCUUUUUGUGUCAUGUCUAUUUAGAUACUGUUACUAAGAGAUGGAAAGAAUACUUGCCUUCAUAAAUAAACAUGG